AUAUGGUGUUUCACAGCAACAUGAGUUAGCAACAUGUGGCCGGACAAUAUUUCUAUGCCGCCCCAAAAGCCCCAAAACCCCACUCGUGUUGAAUGAACGUGUCGCGGAUAACUAGUCUGAAUUCGGAAAAAUCCGCUUUGUUGGCUUCUGUGUGUGUGCGUGCUUGUUGUGUGUGUGUGCGUGUGCGUGGCAAAAGUUUCUGUUUUUGUUUAUACUUCCAAGCCGCUCUCUCUUAGUUGUGACGUCACAUCAACGAUUCGAUCAUCUUGCGUGCAAUUGCAAAUUGUGUAAUAGUUUAUUAAUAAAUAAGACCAAAAGCAUAGUGAAAAUGCGACGACAAUGUCAGGCUGCAUUCAGGCAUCUAGUGCGUCACUGCCAGGCGCCCACAGCCACAACGAUAACAGCGACAACGACAACAAUGGGAGCCCGAAGAUUAUGUCUACUCCCACAGACGUCUCUGCUCCAACAGAUGCCCCUGCUGACUCACAGACGGUACUCGAAGUUCAGCACCCACCUGAGCGAGGAGCGGGCCAUGGAGCUGCUGUGCAAUUUGGAUGAGGAGGAGCGCCACAACCUGCGCGAUGCGUUGGGCAAAAUGGAUGCCGACAAGGAGAAGAAGAUGUACGAGAGCCAGCUGGCUGUUGGCAGUUGGCGGACUCGCUUCGGACGACUCUCGAAUAAACCGACACUGGGCCAGGUGGAUCCUUCCGGCUCUUUUUGUGCCGUUCCCGAUGAAUGGCUGCGAAAGAAAAUGGUUGAAUCGGCAGCGCCACCCACCGCAGGACAAUUGUCCAGCAUUUUUUUCGUGAACGCAGUGCCCUUUAUAGCCUUCGGUUUCCUGGACAAUUUCAUCAUGAUCACGGCUGGCGAAUACAUUGAGCUUUAUAUGGGCCAUUUCAUUACCCUCUCCACAAUGGCUGCUGCGGGGCUGGGGAAUACCAUAAGCGAUAUUAUGGGCAUUACCAUGGCUACAUAUGUGGAGCACGGAUGUCAGAUAUUGGGCCUCAAGCAGCCUCAAAUGGCGCCAGCGCAAUUUGAGCUCAAGUCCAGCAAGCGAGCCUCCAGUUUUGGUCGUAUUAUUGGCAUCACAGUGGGCUGUUUGCUGGGCAUGUGCCCCUUGUGGUUUAUGGAAGAGAACAAGGAUGCGGCUGGCUUUGGGCCCGUGGCUGCAGCCGACAAAGAAGAGGCACAAAUUGUACAUAAUUAGCUUAAAGUUACUCUGGUCAAUUAGAGAUGCUGUAUUGUCUUUAUUAUGUUUAAUUUAUUGUUACCAUCUGAAGAUUUUAUUUUGAUAUUUUGAUAUUAGACUUAAACUGCCGGCUGAUUGAUUUGCUUUAAACGUCUACGUCUUGGCAUUUCAUUUCCUUCAACGAACAGACGACAAAUUGUAUUUCCAUCGAACGGAAGCUCAGUUGCAAUGCAUAAACGAACUAAUGAGACACUCAAUGUACCUACUAAUCUAUUGUACUACUAUUAAAGUUCAUCCUAGCUCAUAAUCUACACGUAUACUCUUUUAUAGCAACAAUUAGCCUCUAGAACAUGUACAUUUUCGCGCACCGCACUGGCUCUGCUCUGACUGCAACUAAAAUCGUUUUUAGAUAGAGCCUUAACACU